AAUCUGUUCGAAAUGCAGAAAUUGGAGAAUUUUUUUACUUCAGUGAUUGAUUAUCCUGCAAAACAAUUAUAAUUUAUGGGUGGGUGUGGUGGAGAGGGGUAGCCGCGAAACCUUGACCUUAAAACUUAUACUCACUAUUUUCUUCGAAAAUAUAUGUGAGUUCCACAAAAGUAUCACACGUAGUACAGAAAAAAAACUUGCCGUACUCCAAUUGGAUUGCCGAUUUCUGAUAUUCAACAUGUGAAUAACUGAACGAAACUUGGUGGAGAAAUGGAAACAGUCGUUGCUCCGGAAUCGAUUUUGAAGACAUUUCGUGUUCAUGUAGUAGCAAAUAGAUUAGAAAAUUCAUCGGUUGCUGUGUCGCAAGCCUCGAUCUCGAACUAAUUAAUUAGUAAUGAUGGUUGAAUAAAUCAAUUUAGACUAUCGCAAUGCUAAACAACACUAAAUCGCAAACAAGCGUGUUUCAAAUUGUACUUCCGUUCAGUACGGCGCAAAAUGGUUUCACAACUAUAGUUCAAUAAGAGUCUAUAUUAAGCUAGUUUCACAUUGUUUGCCUCAAGGACAAAUUUGUUCAUUUGAUAAAACACCUGCCUCAUAUUGUUAUCCGUGUCGAAAUGUCAUUGACGCAACUAUUCCGAUUAAAAUAUCUCUUUUAGCAGAACCUGUGACAAGGUCAACAUUCGGAUCAUGAGAGAUCAACUCAUUGCCAGCCCUCGAAGAGAAGAGUGGCAAUGUCGUUGACUCUAUCUGAUAAAGUCACAAAAUUGACUACAAAUGACGGCACUGUCAAUGACUAUUCAUUAUUGAUUCAGUUUAUAACUAUCAAUAAAGGAAAGAAAUAUGAAACAUAAUGUUUUGUUGGAACUCAUCUCAUUUAUUGCUUACGGGGUCGAACACGCCAAUGAAUCAAAUGAAGAUGGAUGUUCUUUUUUUCCAAAUUUUUUAUCAUUCAUUUUAAAUGCAAAGAUGGCAUGCGCAGCACCUAUUCGAUUUCUAUCCUUUCUCUUUCUGUUAAAAUGUCAUUUAUGCUCAGUACUUUUAUAUAAUACUGAAAACAGUGAUGAAACUAUUGAUUACUACGAUUGUAUUUAUCAUCAAACUGAAGCGGAAAUCAAAUAUUGUAUUCGUCCCAACGAAGCACUACCUUUCUUAAAUCGCACGUUUGAUUAUUGCUUCAAUAGUGGGACAAAAGUGACCUUCUUUGAAUUGCGGCAACUCAAUAUUUCAUUGAGCCAACUUCUUCGAUGGACUUCUUCUAUUGAAAUCAUAGAUGCAUUUCUAUCCAGCCAUGAUGACAAUCAAGUGCAGAACUUUAUUUGCAAUUGUACCAACAUCAAUACAUUCGGAAAAUACUGUGAAUAUGAACUAUUUUAUAAUGCAACAACAUUUAGUCAAACUGUUACGAAGCAAUAUGAAUUGAAACGUCAGUAUCCGUAUUUCGGUGGUCAACUCUAUGGUAAUUUGUCAUGUUAUACAACAUUAUUACAGUGUGAUUAUGGUGAAUUAUGUUUAAAUUGGAGAGAUAUUUGUGAUGGAAUACAGCAGUGCAUUGAUGGGAAAGAUGAAAACAACUGCGAUAAAUUAGAAUUCAAUGAAUGUGACAAUGAUGACAAAGGAGAAUAUCGUUGUGGAAACGGCGCUUGUAUUCCAGCAGAAUAUUUUCUAGAUGGUAAGUAA